AUGACUGACUUCAUGGGUGGGCAGCUGGAGGCCCUUUCCCAAGAUGAUCAAGAUGACAUCCACCUAAAAUUAGAGGAUAUAAUUCAACUGGCAGACUGUCCGAAGGCUGAGUGCUUUGAGACCUUGUCAGCCAUGGAGCUGGCUGAGCAGAUCACCCUCCUGGACCACAUCGUCUUCAGAAGCAUUCCCUACGAAGAAUUUCUUGGGCAGGGGUGGAUGAAGCUGGAUAAAAAUGAAAGAACACCUUACAUUAUGAAAACCAGCCAGCACUUCAAUGAUAUGAGUAACCUGGUGGCCUCCCAGAUAAUGAAUUAUGCCGAUGUCAGCUCCCGUGCCAACGCGAUAGAGAAGUGGGUGGCCGUGGCGGACAUUUGUCGCUGCCUGCACAACUACAAUGGCGUGCUGGAGAUCACCUCAGCCUUAAACAGAAGCGCCAUCUACAGGCUGAAGAAAACCUGGGCCAAGGUGUCUAAGCAGACAAAAGCUCUCAUGGACAAGCUUCAGAAAACUGUUUCAUCUGAAGGAAGAUUUAAAAAUCUCAGAGAAACCCUUAAAAACUGUAACCCCCCAGCUGUUCCUUAUCUGGGGAUGUACCUGACAGACCUGGCAUUUAUUGAAGAGGGAACACCAAACUUUACCGAAGAAGGCCUUGUUAAUUUCUCCAAGAUGAGAAUGAUAUCACACAUCAUCAGAGAGAUACGCCAAUUCCAGCAGACUUGCUAUCGAAUAGACCAUCAGCCAAAGGUCACUCAGUACCUGCUUGACAAAGCCCUCAUCAUAGAUGAAGAUACGCUGUAUGAACUGUCACUAAAAAUUGAACCUCGGCUCCCUGCUUGA